AUGGGAAGAAAUUUUUUUUUUUUUUUUUUUUCACACACCAUAAGAUUGUUUGAUAGCAUGGUAUUAGCGGGUAUUAAUCCCAGCGACUUGCAUGCAAAGGCAGGACUGUAA